AUGGCCCAGGGCCUGAAGGUGCUACAGGACAUGGCCAGCCGGGACGCCCAGGUCCGGGAGUGGGCCCUGGGCAGCAAGCCGGGCCUCCGGCUCGGGGGCUGGCGAGGAGCCGGCUGGGGGCCCCCCAGGGCACAGGUCUCUGCCUGCUGCGGCAGGGUGUGGCUGCGCGGGAGGGCCCCUCGGAAGCGCCCGGCCGGGGCUGUGGUCCUGUGGGCGGUGUCUGGCAGCGUGCGGGCUGGGGCACAGGGCCGUCCUGUCCUGCAGGACCACAGCCUGGCCUUACUGGAGGCGGAGGUGCAGCGCCUGGCCCAGCUGGAGGCUCAGGUCCAGAAGAAGGACGAAGAGAUCUUGGAUCUGCAGGGAGAGAAGGAGACCCUGAAGAAGCACCUGAAAUGCCUCCUCAGGAGCAAGGGCCAAGACACAGUGGUGAGCGGGGCGCGGCUCCCGGGGCCCAGACAGCUGCCUCCUCGCGCCAUCACGUCUUUACAAAGGCAAGUGGAUUUCCAGGAAUCCCAGCUGCAGAAGACCAUCAUGGAAAACGAGAUGCUGGAGAAGGAGCUGCGGGAGCGCAAGCACCAGCUGCAGGCCAUGUCCCACAAGUUCUCCAGCCUGCGGGAGGAGAAGAAGCACGAGGAGAUGCUGGGGCUCAUCGAGGAGGACAACCUGCUGCUGCGCCAGCAAGUGCUGGACCUGGAGCUGGAGCUGAGCAAGCGCGAGCGCACCAUCGCGGAGCUGGAGGCCGAGGUGGGGCGGCUGCGGGACCAGGCGAGCCUGCAGCAGCGCCACCUGCAGCGCUGGAAGCACCUGCAGGAGGAGCUGCAGAGCAAGCAGAAGAUGGUCCAGCAGGCCGAGCAGCAGGCCAGCGUGGCCCUGGAGGGCUUCCAGUCCCGGCUCGAGAGGCUGAGAAGCAAGAUCAUCCAGGCCACCUUCAGCACCACCGGGAUCAAGUCCAUGAACAACGAGAUCUCUGACAGCGACAUCCUGGAGGCCCUGCAGACCAUCAUCUCCGAGAGGUCCGAUUACUACAACCAGCUGAAACAGAAGGGGGUCAAGGUGCCCCCCCCGCACCAGACGGAGGUCGCAUCUGCCCCCGGCAAGCUCAAGAAGCCAGUCUCCAAGUAGGCUGCACCUGGCGCCCGAUGCUCUGGUGCAGAAUGAACCCCUUUGCACUGUCUCACCUCCUCAAGAGCGGCUCGGGACUCCUUGACACCCCCAUUCCGAAACUCACCUUGGGGGGUCAGCACAGCAGUCGAGCGGGGCUCCUUCCUGGGGAGAACCCACUGAGCUACUGAAGGGGUGCUCCUGCCCGGGCUUGUGGGCGUGGGACCUCACUCCUGGAGCUGCCAGGGUGCCCCGCCUGCUGCCUUGACGAGGCAGGGGCCCCUGGGAGGGGCGCGGGGGGCAGUGCCUCUGCCCCAGCCAGGAAGGCAGGCGCUGGCUCGUGGGCUCAGGUCUGUCCCGGGUACCCCGCGCCGCAGCAACACCUGCUGAAUGAGGGCGUGAUCUGGGCUUCCCCGCCCCUGCCACGCCGCCCACUGCCCUCGUGCCUGCCUCUAGCCCGAGGGGGUUCCCAGGAGGGUGGUGUGGGCCUGGGGUGCGGCCCUUUCCCCCCUGCAGCUGGGCCGCAACUUUGUCCCGCGGGGCCUCAACCCUGCUAUCUCGUUUCUCCUCGUCUCCUCCCUGCGGCCCGAGGCCACGUGCCCCUGCGGUCCACGCAGCCUGCGACGUGUCGCCUCAGAGACCCUCGCGCCACAGAGUGCACGUCCUCCACUGUCGUCCCAGAGGCCUGGGGCCCCAAGUCCGUGCCUCUCGCAGGGC